AAUUAUGUCGUGUGUUAUCCAUGAACUCACGGUUGUGGUAAUCUGCCGUUUGCCACUCAGAAGCGACGGUGCUGUCCUCCGACCAAAAGGGACGUGUUCUGGACAUCUCUACAUUUCGAUUUUUAUAAAGUGGUUGUAAUAUAUUUCUUGCAUCAAGGAGUAAAGAAGUAUGUUCUUCCGUGUGGUUGACGAAAGAGAGGAGCAUUCGAAUGUGUUCAGAAGAAGUAGGUGUACAGGUUGAAAUGAUUUCCGUUUUCUGAUGUACCGUAACAUUUUAUUAUUAAAAUCUGAGUCGUAGACGGUGAAAAUAUCGGUUUAAGGAACAGUCCCAUCCAGCAAAGCGUGAAAAACGAAAUUGACAGUUCAUCCCAGGUGAAAAUGGUUCGUAGGAAGAGUGUUUCAACAGUUAAGAAAAAAAUAACAGAAACCAGUGAUCAUGAAAUUCGUGAUUAUCGUACUGAACGAUCUAAUGCCCAUGCAUCAAAUGUGAUUUCUUCUGGAAAGAAACUUAAAAGCAAAGAAAAUUAUGCUGCUUUAUCAGUUAUUGAGGAGAGCUUCCAAAGUUACGUGGAGGAUCUUUUAAUGUCAGAAAAUGCUGACGUGCAGGAAUCAAUUAGGACGAAAAAGAACGACAAUAAACUAAGUGCGGUUGAAAAUUCAAAGCAAGAGAAAAAACGGAAAUUUAACCGUGAAAUGAGGGUUUUGCAACAAAUUAAAAAGUAUCAAAAAAGCACUGAACUAUUAAUACCCAGAUGUGCUUUUGCUCGUGUGUGUAAAGAUAUAUUUUUACAGUAUGGUAAUUCAGAAUUGCGAGUUGCUAGAGUUGCUUUGGAAUGUCUACAAGAGGCUGCUGAAAUGUAUUUAGUUGAGUGUUUUCAAGAUGCCUAUUUAUGUGCUGCACAUGCUAUGAGAAAGACUCUAAUGAAUAAGGAUCUUCGAUUAGCCCGUAGAAUAGGUGGAAGAUGUGGUUUUUAAAUGUGAUUUUGGUGUACUGGAAGUACCAAAAAAACAACAACAAAGUUUUAAUGAGAUCAAUGGCAAUAAUAGUUUUAAAAUUUGAAACAUCAGCUUUGUAUUUGAAAAAUUCAGAAGAGUUGCAUAUGUUAACUAUUCAAUUUCUCUAUAAUGUUUUUUCUCUCCCCUCCAAUUAAUCAAAUUAUUUCGAGAUAAAUUUGAGAGAAAAAUAAUUCUAAAUACUUGACAUAACACUGGUGAAAGCGUUGGUACCAUAUCAUUAGAACUAUUAGUUCUAGUGACAAAAAAAUCCGUUUUCGCCUUGAAUGUGAAAUUUAUUUGUAAGAAGAUAGCCUCAACUUUUAAGACAAAAAUUAACCUGAAAUACGUGGUUAUUGAACUAGUCGAACUUAAGCUUGUGCAUCAAAUGUUAUUUCUUCUGGAAAGAAACGCGAAAGAAAAUAUGAUGCCUAUUGAGGACAGUGUCCGUAGGUAUGUAGGGAAUCUUUUAACAUCAGCACAAAUUUCUGACGUGCGAGAACAAAUUCCAAUUAGGACAAUUCAUGAUAAACCAAGUGCUGUGAAAAAAACAAAGGUGAAUGAAAGCUCAAAUGCAAGGAUAAAAUUACGUUUUUGCCAGAAAUUUGAAAAUAGCACACUAACACUAAUUUGUUAGUGUAUUUUGAAUGAUAUUUUGGGAGUAUGGUCCUCCACAAUCACAAGAAGGUAAAAUUGUCUUGGAAUGUUUGCAAGUCUGCCAAGCUACUUAAUUGACUGUUUAAUAGAUGCCUACUUAUGUGCUGCACUUGCUGUUAGUAAGAUUGUACUGAAUAAUAAAUAAUUUGAAGUCUGCCCUUGUUAUAGAAAGUUUUGUGGUACACUUAGGCAUAAUGUAAUAGAGAAUUUACUAUCUUUCAAGUGUUUUAGCGUUUUAAAACAGUUAUUAAUAAUUAAUGUAUUCAAUUUAUAAAGAAUGAAAAAUUAGUUUUUAAAUGUUAUCAAUAGAUGUUUUUAUCAUGUUGGUUUUUGUAAUAUUUCAAUGUAUUGUUGGUCAAGUUUCGUAAAAUGUUCGUAAUGUUCUUCGAUUCUGAAAGUACGUUCAGUACAAUAUUUUCCCGUUAUUGUAAUUAAUUUGUGAUCAAAGAUUCAUCUGGAAUUAAUAAAUAUUACUUAAAACUGUUAUUAUCAGACCUUGAUGGAAUUUACUUUAUUUGAUGUCAUGUAAGAUGCACAUGUCAGAAAAUGGCAUGAAGCACAUUUUUCACACCAUAUUUUUGUAUUUUAUAUUGGCGUAUUUGCCAGCAAAUUCACUUUAUAGGAAUUUUCCUACUUUUAAGAACCCAUAUUACUGUAGUAUAUCUAAAUCCUAGUUUUUGAUCUCGAAAGUUUGGAACAUUCGCAAUCUGUAGAUAUGUGACAAUUAUUGAUUUACAAGUUGUUUAGGUAAGUUCACCAUUUUCGAAAGAGAUUUUAUAUCCCAGUUAAGUUUGAAUAAGAAAGAAUUUAUUGAGCUUAUGGCAAACAUGGAUAAUAAAGAGAUUUCAUACUUUUUUCUUGUGCUGCGUUAAAUUGUAUAAGGUACCUAAAAGAAGAUAAUGUACGAGGAUCGUCCGAAAGCAGUGCCUUCCAUUUAUUUGUAUGCCAAGUAAAGUAAUUAAAAAACGAUAUUAAUAUAGUAUGUUAGAACAAAGUUUUUUUAACUCUAUUUUUCAAUAUAGUCCUCCCAUUUUUCUAUGCAUUUUCUCCACCUAUGACCAAGAACCUGCCUGCCACACUCGUAAAAAUCUGUACCAGCAUAGGUGACCCGGACGGGGAAUUCUUACGGCGCCAUUCCAUGGAUUGAUAUGUUUCUCACUCAUAAUGGUGACACUCUGUCUCGUCGUCAAUUAUUAUUCUAUCCAGAAAACCGCCGCCUUCAGCUUCGUAUUGGGUCAAAAGUUCCUCACAAACU